AUGCGGCACCUAACAGUUGGCGAAGCCAUUACUAAAAGUAACCAAACUUUCAAACAAAAUAGCACUUCAUAGCACCUGAGUUACAAGUUUAAUGGGCUUUUGAUUCUAGGUUAGAUAUAUCCACAUCUUACUUAUGCUGGCGUUGAUGUGAAUUCAAUACAGUUAACUCUGAGUCACGAUUUAGAUAACCUAAACAAAUGGCUUAUUUCCAAUAAACUUACUUUGAACACUUCUAAAACUGAAUUCAUGCUAAUUGGCUCCAGACAAAAAUUGAGUACUUUGUCGAACCCACUUGAGCUCUCGAUUAAUAAUGUUCCGAUAGAACACGUUUCCUCUGUCAAAUCGCUUGGAAUAUUUAUUGAUGAAAAUCUACGGUGGCAAACACACAUUGAUAAAUUAUCUAAAAAGGUCGCUUCCGGAAUUGGAGCAAUAAAAAGAAUUAGACCUUUUGUCCCUCCACCUACCCUUCACUAUAUAUACAACUCACUAAUUCAAUCUCAUUUCGAUUAUUGCAAUCUUGUCUGGGGUAAUUGUGGUAAAACAUUAUUUGACAGGCUACAGAAGCUUCAGAACCGUGCCGCUCGCGUUUUAACCUUCUCUAGCUAUGAUGCUGAUGCUAACCGUUUGAUUAGACAACUCGAUUGGAAAGACUUGAGCACUCAAUUUCAAAUACAGAAAUCCAUAAUGGUAUACAAGUCUUUAAAUGGCCUUGUUCCUGAAUAUUUAUCAUCUAAGUUUGUUAAACGAAAUGAAACGCGUUACUCCCUGAGGGACUCUGUUAACAAACUAUUUGUCCCAUUUCCGCGAACUAAUUUCAUGAAAAACAGCUUUACUUAUAGCGGAGCAGUUCUCUGGAACAGCCUACCCUGUCAUGUGAGAGAAGCCGAAUCUCUUAGUCAAUUUAAAAGAUUAGUUAAUGUUCACUUUUAAUGUUAUACACGGCAUUCAUGAAAAACAGGUUUUAGUUAGAUUAGUUGUAGUCAGGUUUUGAAUUUUGUUUAGGAUAGUUAGGUUAUUUUUAAUUUUUUUAAAUUCCUGAUGGAUUUUACCGUGUUUAAAUAAAGAUUGACUUGACUUGACACUGUUCAAUGAAUUCCUUGGUGUGAAUUGUUUACAUUGUUCCGCUAGAAGCGAAAUUAUUUUUUUGUACGCGUUGUCCAAUUUGUAAUUUCUUUAGAUCAAUUUAUACCAACUGAUUUAGACAGUUAAUAACUUUGUUUUUGGACUGAUGUAGAUUUGGAAUGAUUUUACUGUACAAAAUUAGGUUGUUUUAAGAAAGGUGAAAUUUUAAGGAUUAAUUUUUAAGCUUACAUGUAUCCAGAAUUAGUAAUGGUAACAGGACUGAGUGGAGCCCAAUUCGGUCUGUAAUCAUACGAGUGAUUAACAAAAUCGGACGACCGCGUAGCGGGAGUCCGAUUUGUUUAAUCACGAGUAUGAUUACAGACCGAAUUGGACGACGCGAAGUUCUGUUACCAAUUAAUCAUAACUUUAACAAAAUUUGUGAUACAAUAGGCUAUUUUUUAAACCAAAACACAAGAAAUUCGAAAUUUUGUUUUGCUAGCAGUGAAAAAAAAGCCAUUUAAGCGCGCGCGUGAUGGCGCGUACUGUCCAAUUACUUAGGCAUGACGCGUACUGUCCUAUUAAACUGUCCAAUUAAGGCUGAAAUCAGGGCAGUUGAGAGCCAAUCAGAUUUGACAAUUUUGUUAGAGUUAUGAUUAGCAGAGUUAUACACAAUCCUUGCCCAUAUACAAUGUGGUAUUUUGAAGUGAAAAUCUUAUUAUAUUUACAUGUUCAAAAUAACAUGGAAUAUUUUGAAGACACUAUCUUACUCCUGUACAUCACAUUGUCCCUUAUUAGUAUUCUCGACAGGACUAUCACUAUAUUUUUCUCACUGGCAUAGUACUUGGGCUGAGUUAAUCUUUUAUAAUGCAAAGAUCUCAUAUAAUAUUGUAUGGACCAAAUUCCGAAUGCAAGCACAAGAUCACUGUCUUAUUUGUUAUCUAGCUAGUUGCAUUGUUUUGAGAUACCUAUAGCAAGACAAAGGCAACAACAAAGGCAUUGUUUAAGGUUUCUCUCCUGUGUUAUCAUGCCUAUUCCUAUUCAAGGUAUUUUACAUGAAACAAAGGGCUUGUAUUAUUUGUUUGGAUUUGCUUCUAAAAAAGGAAAUGAUUAUUGUUUUGUUAUUCUUAUUUCAGGGAAACACUUAACUAUUUACCCCUUUGUGGGUGUUCUGAUGCUGAGUCAAGCCCCCUUUGCUCUUACAGACCCUGCCACAUGUGACACACACCAUACUAGUAUUAACAAUUACUGCUUCUCCAGUAGAGUCGGUGGAGUUUACAUUCUUGGAAUUUUUGUUGCUGUACUUAAAUAAAGCACUUUGUGGAAGAUGCAAAAGGGAUUGUUUUGCUUUAAUGAGUAUUCUAUUUGCUAGUGUAUCAGGUUUGCUAUCAUCAUCAUCACUGUCAUCAUCAUCUGAGUUGUCACUUCCAUCAUCAUCGUCGUCGUCAUCAUGAUUAUCAUUGCUUCUGUCAGUUUCAUCAUUUCCUGCCUGUAAACCUUUGUUGAAACUGUCUGCAAGUUCUUGGAUUCUUAAACGAAGUUGCUCAGAGCAAAUGGGGCACUUGACACCAUACAGUAUUGAGUAGUUAUGAUCGUUACAGUUUGAGGAACUACCAAGACAACUUUUGUAAAAUGUGUGGCCACAGUGUGGCCUCAUCUGUAUACACUCUACAAGCUAUUUGUUAUUGUUUGUAUCAUGAAACAUUGUACAUGCUCUUUUUUGGCACCCUUAUGCAACAUUUUUUGAAAGUCAAUUAUCCAUUCAAUAUUAAAUUUUCCAUGUCAAAUUCCUACAUUGUGAGACAAUGCAAAGUGGUAUGUGGAAAAAAUUUAUGAUGGGCUGUAUGUAAAACUAGUUAUUGACAUUGGGAGUUGCCAAUUUCAUUUUUGAGGGGGAAUUUAUAAUAAAGAUAUUUAUGGUGCCAGUUAAUUGUAAAAUUUCUGUGGCAUUGAUUUAUGCCAAAGUGUUAAAUGGCAUGAAAAGUUUGGAUGAAAUACGUUACUAAAAUCUAUUACUUAAAAGUGUUAUAUUAUUCUUUUUGUACAAGCUUGUGGCACCCAAUGACUAUUAGACCACUACCUUGACUUUUAGGUUUCUGAUUUGUUGUAAAUCAUACCUUAAUUCAACUAAACUUUUGUUUACAUUUGUCAGGUCAAACUGGCUGAAAUCAGCAGGUAGAGAGUCUAAAUAACUGAAUGUAAAAUAAUUUGACAAAUGCUCUUGAAACAACUCGUUCACUUUGUUGGCAUCAAUUCCUCCCCGGCAGUUAACAAUUGCACCCCCAGCAAUUCGGACAGGUACAACCCGGUGGACAUUUCUUGUUGUUGGCAUUGCCGGUAUAGAUUCUUGGUGAUCCACUACUCCAGUACACAUGUGAAGGCACUUGCUCAGCUGGCUCUGUUUGGGGUCUUUUAUAGACUGGACACAAUGAAAAUCAUCUAUAAUGAGCAGGAGGAAGAUGUUGUUCUGUUGGGAAGGAAAUUUUUAACUGGAUCAGUGUACAUCUAUGGACUGAUAAAUUAAAGUCAUUUUACUUAAACCGUGAAACAGGUAGAAGAAUAUUACGCACUAUUAUGUAUUAAUUCCAUUGUCUUCUUUUGUUUACCUCUUGCUAUUUUGCACUGUUUGUUAAUAUCUGUUUCACGGUUCAAAUAACAUCACUCUAUUUUUGUUGUUUUUGUCUCCUUGUUACAAGGUCCUUGUGCCUUCUAUUUAGCCCCUGCUUCUUUACAUCCAGCCACCUCACCUUGUGUCAACUUAUUGUUUUGGCCAGGGUGUUGUGCAGUGGCAGAUGUUUAAUAAUGAAUUGUUUCAGUAUGUAAAUACAUGUACCUUUAUGGCACUCUCAACGAUCGCUUGUGUCUUGUGAAUGCUUUUUCCAGGCAAUCCUUUUUUAUGAUUUAGCACACUUCUCGGGUGAGUGCUAAACCCUAGAAGUGAGCCAGCUGUCAAAGCAUCAUCACUGGCACCAUGAAAGGACAAGUGCAACCCACAGUCUUGUUGUAAGGGAUUGUUUUUUUGUUGAAAACAAACAAGCAACACUUGUGUCUAUUACACACCAUGGUGUUUAAUUUAAUUUAAGUGUCUUUCUAAAGUAUGGUUCCUGUUAUUAUUAUUAUUAUUAUUACUAUUAUUAUUAUCAUUAUCAUUACCAUUAUCAUUAUUAGUAUUAUUAUUUAUUUUAUUUUUUAUUAUUAUUAUACACACUUGGUUUCUAAAGUAAGACAGCUGAUGAAGCAGUGCCACAACUCGCAGUCUCAGUAUUUCAUGUCUUUUCUUAGAAAGCUGUUGUUUUUCAUCAUUCUUGACUAGACACAAGGCACGGUUGAACAAUCCAGGGGUGCACUUGUUGGCAAAUUUUUCCAUGUCUGCAGGGUCGUAUAGCCGCUACCCUCCAUCCUUGUAAUGUUUAGUGAGACACUUGUGGAACAUUUUGAACUGCUCAUCAAAAGUUGGCUCUGAAAAUUAAUAAAAAAAUGUUUCUAAUAAAGGUUGAAACUAGUCGUCUUUGUUUUGAAUGUGUGGAAAUUAAGAGUACGUCAAUACAAUACCUUCUAGCUUGUUGCAUCUUUCUUUUAAUGCUGCAUUUUCGCGCUGUAAUUUGGUGAUUAAUUGUUUUGCCUCUGCUAGCUCAUUAACACUCUGCAAAGGGGCGGUCUGAGAGGUUCCAUCCGUCCAAGUUAUUUUCUUUUCUGGGGUAGUACAUAGGACUGAAGUAGUACAUUUUGUCUACAAAUGUAUAGGGCAAAAUUUAAUGCAAAAUAUUAAUAUUUUCUAAAACAAAACUAAGAAUGUAUGAUCUGUUUCUCUACAUUUUGACUGUUGUUUGAGUGUAAAAGAAACAUACCUUUCUCGUAGUAGGGGGUUUGUAGAGAGCGUGGUUGGUAAAUAUGGGAGCUUCGUCCACGAGAUUUAGGUGGCCUUGGCAAAGAAAUGCACCUCCUUGGUAGUUUUCAAGGUUUGCUGCUACGGUGAGAAUCCUCUGCGGACAUGGCAGUAAAUUGUUCCUUUGCGUGCAGGCAUUUUCACUCGGAAAACAGCACCUCCUUUGACUUUCCACUUGCAAUUUUUUUGCAUGACCAAAACAUAGCCAAACCGGCCUAGAGUAGCCACGUAAAACAGCCUCUUUUCCCGAAUAAUAAUUAGUGGCACCCCAACACUUUUCUGACACGCUUCUUAAUCUGGAGCCACGUUCACAAACAUUUUCCAUUAUUUAAUCAACUUUGGACUGAAGUUUCCGCCGGAAACGCACGCAAAAAGACCGGAACUUGACAGUGAAGCGGUCGGUAACUAUUUUUUGACAUUUUUGAAGCUUUUUGAAGCGGGAAAAAACGAGCGGCGUCUCCAGUUUCAUUCAUAAUUUCGCGCGCAAAGCAUGAGGCCGGGAAGCUGGCGCCUACUAGUCAGUAAGUGGACACAAGCCGUAGGCGAAGAGUUUGAUGUUUACAAAUCUUUUCCUUUUUUUACUUGUCCAAGGAAAUAUAUUUUAGCGCUGCUAUCUACCUUCUAAGUGCAAGAGGAUCGAUCCUUUUAGAGGUAAGAUUGGCUGUACAUUUGUGGAAGCUUCUCACCGGCGAUUACGUUUGAGUGUUUUCACCGCGAGGGGGAUGCAAAAACAAAAAACAGCAAGCCACAGAAAAACGUACUGUUCGAUUUUUUUACGUAUUUCUUAUUUUGCUUCUUGGCUUUUAGCCUUUUGGUUGGUCGAAUUUUGAACCUUAAAUACUCCACCUGUUUCUUAUUUUUGCAAAUUGUUUAAGAGCUAUUGGUCGUAUAAUGUCUCUAUGAACUACACACUGUCCCGCGCAUUUUCAGCAAGCACCCUAAAGUGUAUUCCUAAUCUGAUUUCGCUACAACUCUUGACAUCGCCUGUCAAUGAGUUCUAGUUUGGGGAUAUUAGAUCAUAAUCACCAAACUAGCCAUGGUUAACUAUGUAUUUGGCUUCAAACUUUGCUCUUUUUUGUAGACUACUUGAUUCGUUGUAAGAUGGUCAGCGGAGACCACAAACUGCCGCGAAAACGGCAACCAAUCAGCGGUUUUUCUGCCCUGCCGCCCAGAUCCCUUAA